AUUUGUAAUAAAACCUCAACUCAUAUUGCUCAUUUUUCACUUGGUGAUGACUUUGUAAAUAUCUAUAUUUCACGUGGUCUGUAUGUAAUUAUCGUUUUCAAAGCUAUAGCGGGUGAGAAGAAGGCAUUCCCACAGGCCCGCAGGCCCAUCUUUCUGCCGCAACAACGGCGCUCCUCCUCCACCACCUCCGGCCAUCGCCGGCGCCGAUGCAUUUACACAUCGAUCCAUCUCUCCUCCUCCGCCUCUGCACCGUUCUCUACCAACAUCAACUCUCCCCCGACUCCAAACUCCACUCUCGCCUCCUCCGCCUCCCCCUCCCCUCUUCCCCCUCCUCCCUCCUCUCCCUCCUCUUCCACAUCUGCACCCACUUCCCCUUCUCAUGGAGACCACCUCACCGCUUCCACCUCUUCCUUCUUUCCCACUACCCCUCCUUCUCGCUCUCCACCACCGUUGCCUCCAAACUCCUCGACGUCUUCAGCAAAUCCCGCAACAUCGAUCUCUUAUGGAACCACCUCCUUCUCAUGAACGAUCAUCGCCUUGUCUCUAUCUCCUCUCUCCGCAUCGCUGCAAGAGCGCUCGCCGACGCACGCGAGAUCUCCAAAUGCGCCCAUCUCUUCCGCCUCGAUCCACAAUUUUCUACCGUCAGCGCACUCAACUCCGUCCUGGAUGAGCUCUGCCUGAGGAAGCACGCCGAUAUUGCUCGUUCCGUAGUUGCCAAGCUCCAAGAUUCGAUUUCUGCGAACAAGGAGACCUACAGGCUUCUUAUUAUAGGGUUUUGCCGCGCAGGGGAUUUCGUGGAGGCGGCAAGGGUUUGGAAUUUGAUGCUGGAGAAAGAAAUCGAGCCGGAAGUGGAUGCCUACGAAGAGAUUAUCAUCACCAUGUUUAAAUCAAAUAAAUUACUGGAAGCCCUGAGGCUGUUUAAAUCGAUGAGGGAGAGGAGAUCCUUCGAUCUGCGGACUAGUUCUUACCGGAUUGUAAUCCAGUGGACGUGCAAGAUAGGGAGGGUUUUUUAUGCAUACAUGGCGUUUGUAGAAAUGCUGAAGAGAGGAUUAAGUUCCGAUACUGCCACCAUUGGGCAUUUAAUCUACGGCCUCUUAGCCAAAAAAAGGGUGAAUGAAGCUUACAAGGUUUUCAAGGAAGCAGAAGAGGUGGAUCUGAGCCUAUGUCAUGGCAUGAUGAAGGGAUUGUUGAGGAUGAAAAGGGCGGCGGAGGCAACCGAGGUUUUUAGAGAGAUGGUGAGGAGAGAAAUAGAGCCAAAUAUGCACACUUACAUAAUGCUUCUUCAAGGUCACAUGGGGAAGAGAGGGAGGAAAGGGAAGCAGGAAUUGGUGAACUUUGAUAGUAUUUUUGUUGGGGGAUUGGUGAAGGCUGGGAAGACAUUGGAGGCAAGCAAAUAUGCAGAGAGGACAUUAAGAAGCACCGUGGAGGUGCCGAGGUUUGAUUACAAUAAGUUUUUGCAUCUCUUCUCUAAUGAAGAGGGGGUGGAGAUGUUUCAAGUGGUGGGAAGGAGAUUGAAGGAGGUGGGGAUGGUGGAUCUUGGAGAUGUUUUGUUGAUGUAUGGGGACAGAAUGGCAACAAGGGAUAGGAGGAGGAGAGCUAUGUGGGGAGCAAAUUUAUAAUUUUUCUUUGUUUAUAAACUUUAUGUUUGGUCACCCAAGUAUUUAUUUGUAAUAAAGCAUUAAAUGAUUACUUGUGUGCCAUCCAAAAUAUUCGAAUUACUAGUGUG